CAUAGUUGGCCAUCCCAGCCGGAAAUGAUGUCCAUGAUAUUGAUGAAACAUGUAAUCGUGUCAUCCUCGUCGCAAUAGAUGCUUUGGACGUGACAGUUGUUAUUAUUUACAGAUUUUUUCAGAAGAAUAUCUCUGACCGAAAAUGAAUCCUUCCAGAAGAAGCGAAAGUGAUUGGCAGGGACUGGUGAAUGAGUUCCUGGUAUGCAAGAGAAAACUGGAGAGUAAGAAGGAGGCACUGCUGAUCUUAUCAAAAGAACUGGACACCUGCCAGCAGGAAAGGGAUCAGUUCAAAUUGAUGGCAAACCAGCUCCGUGAGCGCCACCAAGGGCUGAAGAAAAAGUACAGAGAGCUCAUAGAUGGUGACCCCUCUCUGCCUCCUGAAAAAAGAAAGCAAGUUAAUCUGGCGCAGUUACUGAGAGACUCGAGAGAACAGAACAAACAGCUGAGUGACGAGGUUAAAGAACUGAACCAACGUUUAGCAGAAGUGCAGGGUGAUAACAAGCUGCUGAGGAUGACCAUUGCAAAGCAGCGUCUAGGGGACGAAGAGGUGGGGGCUCGUCACUUUCCAGCCCAUGAGAGAGAAGAUCUUGUUCAGCAGUUAGAGAAAGCUCGAGAACAGAAUGAAGCACUGGAACAAAGCUUAAAAGCAGCCACAGAUGAGCUUCACGAUGUGAGAGCAGAGCGUAAUGUCUACCAGGAGAAAGCUCACAGACUAAAUCUGGAAAUUAACCACAUCUUGGGUAGCAAUGAGAACCGCAUCCUGGAUAUAGAUGCUCUUUGUAUGGAGAACAGAUAUCUGCAUGAACGGCUUAUGCAGCUUCAGGAGGAAGUCAGCCUCCUCAAAGCAAAUGUCAUGAAGUAUAAGAGUGCUUUGGAAAGCAAGAAGAACUGCAAAGUCUAUGGAAAGUCCAACAGCAGUGCUCUGACAGGUGUCCUCUCUGCUAAACAAGUACAAGAGUUGUUGCUGUCUGAGGAGAAUGGCUGCAGUCUCCCAGUCACUUCACAGUCCAUUAGUGACCUGAAGUCCCUGGCCACUGCUCUGCUGGAGACCAUCCAUGAGAAGAACAUGGUCAUUCAGCAUCAACGGCAAACCAACAAGAUCCUGGGUAACCGGGUUGCAGAACUGGAAAGGAAAUUGAAAACAUUAGAGGUGUCUGGGUUGUGGAGCCUGCCAGGCAUCACCUACAAUGUGUCUCUUGGACUAGGGAGAAGGAAAGCUGUUAUUGUCCUGAGUGACUCUCAGCAUGUCCAGUCCACCACAGAACAGUCUGUACAUCUAACACCAGAGUCAAUGGUAGGAGAUGAAGAGAUUGUUACUGGAGAAGAGGUCACAGAGGACACUGGACUGGCCGUGGCAGUCGAGUUGAACCAAAAGGAUGAUUAUUUUACCUGCCCAUAUUCAGUCUCACAAACUCCACAAUUCAGUAAUCCAGCAGAAAGUGUCCAGCCUGUGGGGAGCACACAGUGUAAAACCCUUGGUUGUGGCGACUCUGAGAAGCCUGUGUGUCCUGCUGAGAGGGAAUCAGAAGAACAUAAUGAAGAUCUUACAAGUCAGUCUAUGAACACAGAAGUGUCUUUGAAAGGUUCAGAAGAAGAGGCUGUGAAGAAUGAUGAUCCUGUUGUUCUUUGUGAGGAGGACUUUGAUAUUCAAUGUGUAUUAGAGGACAGUCUGCCUGUGGCAUCAGAUACCUUUGGCAGUUUGGACUGUAUUUCUGGACCUGAGCCUUGUACACCGGAACAGCAAACAGAGCAAUCGGUCGAAAAAGAAACAGCGCAUGCUUCCCUAGACACAAGUUCUCCUGUUCAAACUUCAUCACACCAGGAAUGAAAUGAAUGUUGCUCUUAGUGAUAUUAAGAACUAUGAGAGAAGCGCCUAAAAACACCACCAUUCAUUGAAGCCCCACUUAAAACAAGUGUGAAAAAGACUGGCAAAAGAGUAAAAAGAACCUUUGAAUGUCUAAAUUAAACGCAUUUAUUAUUCCAAUUACAUUCAAAGCUAUAUAAAAAAGUUCACCAUAAGGAUGGCUGGUAUAACCAGCAAGCUGAAUAUUAAAAUCAACAAUGUGAUAAGCCCUUUCUGGAGGCUUUCAAUCAUGAGAUCAUCAAGAAUCUCGAAUGAAAUCUUAGAUCUGAUGCCGCUAUGAUGACACUACCAGCAAGUUUAUUUUAUUUUUCUAGAGGUUAUUGUGAAAUCAUUUCAAAGACACUUCUUCUUUUAUUUGGACUAUUUUAAACAUCUUCAUAAUUCAUUUUAAUAUUCUUGUAAUUUGUCUUUAUGAGUAAAACACAACAUGC